AUGGAAACACGCAAAAUCCGCACCCCGUCUGCCCGUAUGCUCGCCGCUAAAGAAGACGAAUGUGGUCUACCGCUUCCCAAGUCAUUGCUACCACCACAAUUGACAAAAUCGAGUGACUUGGAGCUCUCGCAACUGGCUCGACAGCUCGUCCAGGCUCAAACCACGCCCACUUCAUCCCGCGCCGCCCGGUUGGAAUCCCUCCAGAAGCCACCGUCCCCAACGAUGGAGGACGAAAUCGAUGUGUCCGCUGAGCUGGAGCAGCAUCCCAUCGAAGAGCAAGAGAUCGAAGUGGAGGAGGAGGAGGAGAUUGUCGAGGAGAUCGAGGAGGAAGUGGUUCACGAGGAGAUGGAGCUCAUUCAAAAGCAGGAAAAGAUCGCCGAGGAGGAAAUGGUGCUGAAUGGACAGUUCUCGGUGGCCAACGAGGUGACGAUCUCGUCGAUGAAGUACCAGGGCAGACCUUCGAAUAGCUCACAGCACUUCGCCCUCCAACCGUCCUCCCGAACCACCACCUCCGCCGGCUUCACAGGAGAAUCGCUGUCGCUGAAGAACUCGGACCUAACCCUUCCCAACAAGGCCGCCCACUUCCUCUACUUCCGAUGUUACGAGGAUCAUGAGGUGCAGAAGGAGUUCCCACUGACCAUCGAUGAGACCAGGAAGGGACCACAGAACUUUCUGGUCGAGCCACGAGUGGGACUCAAGAAUACCGACUAUUACAUCGACUCGUAUCUCUGGAAUAGGGGCAAAUCGACGAGUUCCAAGAAGAAGAUCUACGUUGGCAUCGAGAAUAAUCAUGUGAAGACGUCGAGGAAGCAGAGUGAGGACUCGCAUUUUGUACUGAACUGGUACUAUUCAAAUAUGGAGAAUCGCAUAUGUAAAAAGGUGUGUUGGCUGGAGACUGUGCCCAACUGCAUUCGAUCAUCACCGGUAUUGGUCCAAUACAUCGUGAACUACCUGUCGGACACGCCCAUUGAGCUGCGAAAGACGCCGAAACUGUACAGCGAUACGAGGAGCGUGGCUCAGGAGCUCCUCAGAAGCGAUUCCCCACUUCAGACCGUAGCCAGAUUCGUGGAGACGGGCGAGACGGAUCCCAGAGAGGUUAUCAACAAGAAACAGGCCUACGAGAUGCGACGAUAUGUGAUGGCGAACGCUCGAAAGCGUACCCAGCGAAAAUUCGAGGAUUUGUACUUUGACGAGGACAUGUUUGAGGAGGUACAGUACUACGGGGACCACAACCAUCACCAUCACGGAGACCCAAUGGGAUACCGAGCGCAUGCACAUAAUCAGUCGGACGUUGGAAGAGUGGCGAAUAUGGCCGUCCGUCUGGAAGGACGAAAAAUCGAAAACCGAAUCGCGCGAAUGCUGGACGCGCGACUACCCGGAAAACAGCACGAGGCCGUGUCCGAGUGGCUUCAAACGUUGGAAUCCACGAAUCCGGAGGACGUCGCGUUGAUCGUGCCAGACCUGAUCACUUCGAUGAGAAAGCAUCUGGACGAGUUGAUGGGAGAACAGAAUGCAGCGUCCUCCAGCGACUUCAUGGACCACCAUUCACACCAUCAGCAGCACCACGAGGAACAAGGCGUGAGAGGCUCCCAAAAUGCCAAUAAGCGGAUGAAAAUGAUGGUGGGCGAGGACGAAGAGGUGGUUGAUCACGUUGUGGAGGAAGUUGACACCGAUGGCAACCUCUUGUCGAGGAGGACCACUACUGGAACUGGCGAACGAUUCAUAUUCGAUGGCCAAGAGUACGUGGAAGAGGAGGUGAUCACCGAGGAGAUUGAAGUUGUGCCACGUGGCAAUGGAGCCGGGGACGACGUAGUGACCAAUGGAGAAGACGUGGGCGGCGGAGCCGGAGCCAGAGAAGACGUCGGAGAGCAAGAAGAAGAAGAAGAAGAAGUUGGAGAAGACGUAUACAGGGAUCUCCCUCAUCAAGAGGAAGUGGUGGGAGUCGAGGAGGAGGAGCAAGAGCCGAGACAACAGAUCUAA